CAGCUGGGUGAAGCAUGUCGGAUCUUGGCUCUGAAGAGGUCGAAGAGGAGGCAGAGAAUGAUUUAGGGGAAUAUGAAGGUGAACGCAAUGAGGCUGGUGAACGGCAUGGACGUGGGAAAGCCAGAUUACCCAAUGGAGAUACCUAUGAAGGAGAAUAUGCAAAUGGUAAAAGAAAUGGAAAGGGGCUAUACAGAUUUAAAAAUGGUGCAAGGUACACAGGAGAAUAUCUUGAAAAUAAAAAACAAGGCAAUGGUGUCUUUAUUUAUCCAGAUGGAUCUAAAUAUGAAGGAGACUGGGUGGAAGACCAAAGACAUGGAAAUGGAGUUUACUGUUAUGUAAAUGGAGACACAUAUACUGGAGAGUGGUUCAAUAAUUAUAGACAUGGGCAAGGGACUUAUUUCUAUGCAUUAACUGGCUCUAAAUAUGUUGGCACUUGGGCAAAUGGGCAACAAGAAGGAUCUGCUGAACUUGUUCACCUAAACCACAGAUUCCAGGGAAAGUUUGUUAAUAAAAAUCCAUUUGGUCCUGGGAAGUAUAUAUUUGAUAUUGGAUGUGAGCAGCAUGGUGAAUAUUGUCAUGAGGAGAAACCAGAAGAAGAGGAGGAAGAAGAAACUUUGGUACCAUCGAUUCCAAAAUGGAAAGCAACAAAAAUUACUAACUUAACACUCUGGACACCUCAAGUAACUCCUGCAGCAGCUGAGGAACCACAAGGUCCUGCAGCUGGUGAGGAGGGCAUUGCUGAAGCACCUCCUGAAAAUGCUGAGACUGCUGUAGAAGUAGGAGAGCCCACUGAAGUGAUCUCUUCACCUAGAGAUACAGAGGAAGAAGAAGAGGCAGUUAAAGAUGACCAAGGAGAUCAGGUCACUACUUAUCAAAGGCCAAAGAUACAGCACGUUCCCAUCUUCUUGGUGAAAAACUGUAUGCAAGAUGAUGCUAAUGUAUUAGAAAUGCCUACCAACUUUUAG